AUGAAGGGCCUUUCUAUUCCCAAUCUUGAUUGGGGAAAAGGUUUGCCACGAUUGGCUUCAGCUGUUGAAGGCUUUGAUGACAAGUAUAAACUAGAUAGUGCUAUGAUCACAACAGCUGGUGCUAAAACAACUGGCUGUUAUGUGGAGAGAAAUAAGGAGAAAGAUUUGAGUGAGUCUGUUGCUGUGCUGGCAAACUGCAAUGGCUUCCAGACCUCAAUUGCAAACAAAGUUUUGGGUGACUCGGUUACCAUACUAUCCAACUGCAACAAGGACAAAACUAUCACGGAAGAUCCAAGGGACAAAACUACCAAUGAAGAUCUAAGGGACGUGGUUACCAUGCCUCCUAAUUGCAAUCUUCCUCACAUAUCUCCCAUAAAUGGGUGUAUCACAGACAAUGCUUCCUCUUGGAAGAAUGAUAAUAAAGCUGUACUAUUGGAUCCUAAUGAAAAAGCAUCAGAGAAUAUUGAAUUUGUGAGGUUGUCAAAUCAGAAAAGCAGGGAAGAUGAUGCAAUUAGAAGCUUCUCCAAAGAGAGUGAUGGUAGUAAUUCACUCCAUGAUAAGGCUGGUGAUAUUGGCCUGAGAGUGGUGAGGACUGAAUCGCCAGACUUAGCAUGCAUACCAAUCACAGCUCUUGAUAGCAAGCCCCGCCAAAAACUGAGAAGGAAGCUCCCAAAGAGUCAGAUUACAAGCAUGCAUCUUGGCUCCACCAUACGUUUUGGGACAUCCUUAAGCCUGCAAAAAAGGAAAAAACACAAAUGCAGCAAACAACAGUCUUCACGGAUCAAAAAUCUCAGUAAGGAGCGUUUGAUGGAUGGAGAAUGUAUCAUGACAGAUCUUGGACCAUCAACUUCGGAGAAAAUCAAUACCACCCCCCUUGGUGGUUCAUCUCAAUCUCAACGAAAAGGGGUGAAAUCGGGGAUGCAUAAGAAAAAUAAAAGUGUCGUUGCAAAGGAUGUUACAAAAUCUAAUAGUGACCUAUGCUCAAGUUUUAUUUUUGAACAAUGUAAGGAGAGAAUUUGUCAGAAUGAUGCUUUGCUUGGAACUGAUGAGCGACCAGAAAACAGUUCCAGUGCUGCUUCUGCAGUAAACCAUUCGGAUGCUAGAAGACCCUAUAGUUCAACAGACGGCGGAAGACAAUCGAUGCAGGACUUGAUGAGUAUACUUACUAGAGGUUUAGAGGAGACUAUCGUUGCACGUUGGGAUGAAAUGAAACUGCCUUCAUCUCAGAUUCUCGAGCCAAGUGGUGUGGAGAGUGUCAGCAUUGGUUCUGUUGCAGAUGAAUGGGAUGAAGUAUAUGACUGUGGAAAGAGGAAAAAGGUUCGAAGCAUUAAGCAUAACUUUGGUGGGUCAAAAUCCAUUCCAAGAGAUUGCAACUAAGAAAGCAAAACUAGGAAAGGCAAAGAUGGAUCAAUCCAGCUCUGGCAACCAACCAUUCAGGAUAUGAAGGAAGCAGAUCUAUUCUGGAGAGCAAGCCUAACUUUUUUUUUUUUUGUUCUUAAUUGUACUUAUGGUAUGGCCACCAGAGCUUACAUCAAUGCUCGAUAAACGACCUAGAUCCCCAUCGUCAGUGUCUUAAAUUUGAUGUACUGGCCUGAGCGAGAUUGUAACUAGGAAUGUUCGAGGGAGUAAUCCUGAGUUUGAGAAAUUUUCUUAUUUAUUUCCCAAGUUUUGUAUUGGAGAGGGAUCUUUUAGACAUUGUCUUGAUGUAGAAUUUUUGUAUACUGGUUUAAAUAUGGUGGGUGCUUGAAUACCCUGCACGUUCAUGAGGACUUAUUCCUAUGUAUGUACUUUGACUAAACGGAGAUUUUUUAUUAAUAUACAUAAUUGCCCCUGUUUAGACUUU